UUCCUUUUUCCUUUUCGUGUGAAACUAUUAACCAAAAAGCGCGUGGUUUUCUUUCCAUGUAUCUGCUUUACUGGCUCUUCAUAUUUGCCACACAAUAAUCAUAUCAAAACAAUCUUCAAACACAGGUAACCCCUUUCCUCUCUAGUGUUUAUCUAUGUUCUUUCUUUCUUGUCCUAGAAACCAAACUCUACCUUUAAUCUCAUCUCAUCUCUUACUACACACCAACCACUUUUCUUGCUUUUUGUAAGUACUUUUUUGGUCUUUUGCCUCUUCACUUUCCCUUGUCUCUGUCUGUGUUUUAGUUUGGUUUCAGAAAAACAUCAACAUAAAUUUAAGGUUGUCUUUCUUUUGAUUCAGAAAAACACUUGUGUUAUUUUUCCUAGUGCUGUUUUCAGAUAAAGUUGAGAUUUUUAUUUGAUUCUGCUUCUGGGGUGUUGUUUUUAGGAGAAUUCUGAAUUGGGUUUUUUGCUGUUAGUACAAAAUCACAGCUUUUUUGGUUCCCUAGCCUCAGUUCAUGAUAAAGUUACUAGCUUUUGAUGAAGAAGAAACAGGUUCCAACAUCUUUUAAUAGUGAAAUUCUUUUAGUAAAGUUGAGUAUUUAAGAAGAGUUAUUAGUUUACUUUUUGUUAUAUUCUAUCUGCUUUUAGAUCAUUGUGGAAGAGGAAUAAGUGCUUUUUUUCUUUAUUGUGGAUUAGGAUUUGGAAUAGAUUCUUAUCUCUUGGAUUGAAAAUUUGGGUGCUAGUUACUAUUUAAUGUGAUGUUAUUCCAAUCCAUUUGAGGCCUAGUAGAAACUUGAAAUUGUAUAUGUUAUAGAAAGUUACAGGCUUUAGUGUGUCUUGUUAAGGGUUUGGAUUUGUAUCUGAGAUUUAAAGAUAGGCGAUCCAGCGAGAUAGGUUAAAGAUGCAGCGAGUUAGGUUUUCGUCUCAACAAGGGCCGGUUCACAAGCUAGGUGAUCCUCAAAUGACACUAUCUCCUAAGUUUAGGUUAGCCGCGGUUCAAUCUGAUUUGACAAAUCCGUCAUUAGAGUUAGAUUGUUCUCUACGAGAAGAGCCGUUGAUACCGGGCUUACCUGAUGAUGUUGCACUCAAUUGUCUCCUUCGUUUACCGGUUCAGAGUCAUUCGUUUUGUAGGGCUGUAUGCAAGAGGUGGCAUGUGUUGCUUGGUAAUAAAGAGAGGUUUUUUACUAAUAGGAAGCAAUUUGGUUUGAAAGAUCCUUGGCUUUUUGUAUUUGCUUACCAUAAGUGCACCGGAAAGAUUCAAUGGCAGGUUCUUGAUUUGACUCACUUUUCGUGGCAUUCUAUCCCGUUGAUGCCGUGUAAGGACAAGGUUUGUCCUCAUGGUUUUAGGUGCGUUUCGAUGCCGCACGACGGUACUCUUUAUGUAUGCGGUGGCAUGGUCUCGGAUGUGGAUUGUCCUCUCGACUUGGUGUUGAAAUACGAGAUGACGAAAAAUCGAUGGACCGUGAUGAACCGGAUGAUCAGUGCUAGGUCGUUUUUCGCCACUGGAGUAAUCGAUGGGAUUGUUUAUGUAGCUGGGGGGAAUAGUAAUGAUCUUUAUGAGCUAGAUUCGGCUGAGGUAAUGAAUCCGAUUAAUGGGAGUUGGCACACCAUUUCCAACAUGGGAACGAAAAUGGCAUCCUACGAUGCCGCUGUUCUUAACGGAAAACUUCUUGUAACAGAAGGAUGGUUAUGGCCUUUUUAUGUUUCUCCAAGAGGACAAGUCUACGACCCGAGAACGAAUAGUUGGGAAAAUAUGGCGGUUGGACUUAGAGAAGGAUGGACUGGUUCAAGUGUGGUUGUUUACGGCCACUUAUUCGUCGUUUCAGAGCUCGAAAGAAUGAAGCUAAAGGUUUAUGACGCGGAAACUGAUACGUGGGAAGCCAUCGACGGCCCUCCUUUGCCUGAGCAAAUAUGCAAACCUUUUGCCGUAAAUUCAUGUGAUUCUCAAAUCUACGUCGUUGGCCGAAAUCUUCAGGUUGCUGUCGGUCAUAUCACUAAACUAAACCGAAAAGAAAGUCACAAGGAGAAAUGGAACUUCGGCGUUCAAUGGCAUGUAAUCGAUGCGCCGAAAAGUUUAUCUGACCUGACUCCUUCAAGCUCUCAGGUGCUAUUUGCAUAGUUUUUUUUUCCUCUCAUUAUAAUGUAAUAUUAUGUUAUGAGUGUUGUUUAAGUAAAAUGUAAAUUAAAUAUAGUUAUGUGAAGGUAAAUUUAAGCAGUUUCUGAGUUGUAUUAGAAUAGCUUUUUUUGGUUGUUUUGGAAAAAUGUUGGUUGUAUUCUAACACUUAAUUUUUUUUUAAUCUGUCAUUUGUUAAAGUGAUUUGCAGGGAAA